GCCGCUUUUUCCGGGCUCCGGUCCUGGCGCUGUGACGCAGCGCAUGCGCACAGCUACCUCCUGCUAAAUACGCACAAAUGGAGGAUUUCGUCCAUCAAGUUCAUUAUGGAUAAUGCAGACGAAGAACCGACCUUUCAGUAUUACACGAUAAAAAGCGAAGAAGACAAUUUCGUUGGAAUUUCGGAUAUAUUGAACUUGCCCUCCCUUCCAGAAGAUAAUAGUUUAAAUAAUAAACAAAUAUUUUACCUGACUUUCGAUAGUAAUGAAGAUGUUAAGGAGGAAGAAACGCAACCAGUGGAAGAUAUUAGUGUUGAAAAUACUUUAAGUGAGUCUGCAGUGUCAUACAAUGAGGCAGAUCUCAAGCUGAUUACGCUGGAUGAUGGAAGAAUAUUUAUGACCACAGAUAAAAAUUUAGGAAAUCUUGGAGCACCAUCUGUUUUGUUUGAGCCCUCAGAAAUCCAAGAAAGUGUAGAUGAAGGAUCUCAGAUGUCAAAUGAAGAGGAAUCAGUUGAUAAUACUGAUGUAAAUUUCCAACUUCUUGAAUUGGAUGAUGGUUCCCAGGCUAUUAUUACUUUAUACAAAAUCAAGAAUGAUCCACCUAAAGAAGACCCACCGAAAAAAGUGAAGCGGUUUCAGUGUACUUAUGAGGGUUGUAACAAAGUUUAUGCCACCUCAUACCAUUUAACUGUACACAUGAGAAGUCAUACUGAUUCCAAACCAUACCAGUGUGACAUAGACGGCUGUGAGAAAAGAUUCUCAACAAACUAUUCAUUAAAAGCACACAUUCGUACUCACACAGGAGAAAAACCCUACUGCUGCACCCUCUGCACAAAACAAUUUAAAACCUCUGGAGAUUUACAGAAACACUUCAGAAUCCAUACAGGCGAAAAACCCUUUGAGUGUCCAGUGGAGGGUUGUGGACGGUCCUUCACCACUUCCAACAUCAGAAAAGUGCAUAUAAGGUCGCACACGGGGGAGAGACCCUACAGUUGCAAUUACCCAAAUUGCGGAAAAGCAUUUACGUCUUCGACUAAUUAUAAAAAUCAUUUAAGGAUACAUUCCGGGGAGAAACCCUACGUUUGUAGCGUGGAGGGGUGUGGGAAACGGUUUACUGAGUACUCGUCGCUCUAUAAACACAAUGCUGUUCAUCAGCCUGUGCGCCCGCACGAGUGUAUUUUUUGUGGUCAGCGGUUCAAACAAGAGUCCGCUCUCAAUUUUCAUAAGCGGCUAAAGCACAAUGUUGUAGUCACAAAAGAUGGUACUGAAAUUAUUGUUAAGAUAGAGUAAAGGUGGUGUAUGUGUUUAGACAUUUUGUUUUUUUACUCAAUUUUUACAUGUAGAGUUUGUUUUAAACUGUACUUUAUGGAGCAAAGGACUGUAAUUUAUAGGUAUUGAGCAAAUGUAUGUUUACAUAAAUAUAGAUGUUAUGAACUGGUGUGAA